GUGGGCGGAGUCUGCAUCCGGUGCUCUCUGUCGGUUCAUAUCACAAGUUUGAAGUCGCGACGGCGUCAUGAGGUCCAAGUCGAUUUUGUCGUGUUCGCUUACGCUCGCGGCGGCGCUGCUGCUGCUGCUGUGCGUCCGGGCGGCUCCAGAUUGCGCGCCGUGCGACCCUGCCCUGUGCGCGACCCCGCCGGCUUCGGGCUGCGCCGCCGGUUCGGUUCUGGACGCGUGCGGUUGCUGCGCGCUGUGCCUGGCGGCGGAGGGCGAGCGCUGCGCCGCCGGCAGAGGCGGCAGAAGCGCCGGCGCGCAACGCUGCGGCUCGGGCCUGGAGUGCGUGCGCGCGGACAAGAAGAGCAAAGUAGGCGUGUGCGCGUGCAAGGGCCAGGAUCAAGUGUGCGGCACCGACGGCGUCACGUACGCGCACGCGUGCGCGCUCAAGAGCGCCGACGCGCGCGCGCGAAGAGAAGGACAAGCGGAAGUCAGUGUGCGCAACAAAGGAAGAUGCGCGACAGGUCCCGUCAUCGUUUCGCCUCCUGCGCGUGUCUUCAAUGUCAGCGGCGCUCAAGUUUUCCUCAGCUGCGAGGCCGUCGGUGUGCCCACACCCGUGCUCACCUGGAGGAAGGUGAUUGGCGGCAGGAAGAAAUUUGCUCUUCUUCCCGGGGACAGAGACAACCUGGCCGUCCAGACCAGAGGCGGACCCGAGAAACAUCAAGUGACCGGCUGGGUUCUGAUCUCUCCGCUUACAAAAGACGAAGCGGGCUCCUACGAGUGUCACGCUGCCAACGCCAAAGGCGACGCGUCAGCAGUCGGUGAAAUUCGCCUGGUCACCGACAUCCAGGACGUCAAGGUCGAGCCCGUCGACGACGUCGCGGUCGCCGAUGACGUCAUAGUCGGUGACGUCCCAGUCAAGAAAGUGACGAAGGACGAAGAACUGUGAGCCGCGGGAAGACCCGUCUUCAACUUGGCUUGCGCUGACGUUUUAUAUCCAAAGCAUGCUCUGUCCUAUCGCUUCUUUUCCAACUAGUAGGAAAUACAACAAAUGUGAAUAAAGCUCACCUGCAGCGUGC